CAGGAACGGACGGUCCGCCGUCAAAGCUGUAAGGAGCACACCGGGAAAAGCCCGGAGAGGUGUUUACCCACACCGGCGCCAAGGCUUCUGGAUGACCGGAGCACCUGCGCGCCUGAGCUGAUGUUUACACCGGAGGAAGGAAACGAGGGGCGCUCCUUCACCCUCACCGUCCCUCCCUCCACCUCCAACUCAACCCAACCCAACCCAUAACAGGAUCACCCAGAGAGAGAGAGAGAGAGAGAGAGAGAGAGAGAGAGGCAGGUAUUAACUGGAGGUGGAGAGGACAGCGCAGUCGCUGCUGGCCGUCGGGACUCCUAAACAACAGAAGGGGAUGUUCUGUCAUGCUGAUGGCUUUCUUUCUUCUUCCUGCAAGAACUCGCUUCUUCUUCCUCCUCCUCCUCCUCCACACGGAGACGCAGGUGUAGCUUCUUUUUUCGCCCUCCAGCCUCUUGCCACCUAUCCCAAUUGUCCAUGCGCCGCACCUCACCUCUCAUUUCCAGCCACCGAAGGAGGGUUUUACGCGCCGGAGAGGGAAGAGUAACAUCAUGUCAGAUGAAACGCGGCGCGUCUCCUUUGUGCGCCGCCUGUUAGCGCCGUGGUGAACGUGAUGCCGGCUCUGCGCCCAGCGCUGAUGACUUGAACCGGGCGGCACAGGCGCCUGCAACUCCAGCACUUGUUCCAUAAAGAGAAGACUUACAGACAACCAUGGCUGACCAGUACAGUAUGUUUCUCACCACGGCGGCCCCCCUCCGCCGCGGAAGCACCCCCCUGCCUGUCAAACACCAGCUGCGGAGGGAAGAGGCCGUGUCCGAGGACUGCGAUUGGAUCCCGGGCUUGGAGGAGCCGGCCACCUUGCCUAUUAGUGACACAGCGGUGCCUCGGGAUGAGUCCUUCAGCCAAUCGGCAGCUGCCCAGCCGGCUUACCACAGCCACGGCGGGGCCUUGAGGAUAGUGCUACUGGGACAGAAUGGCGUGGGCAAGUCGUCGCUAGCCUUAUCUCUGGCCGGGCAGUCGGACAGAUCCCUCUCUAUAGACUCUGAGACACAAGCAUGUGGUGAGGGCUACGAGUGCACAGUGACCGUCGACGACGAGGACAGCAAAGUCAUCAUUUUCGACAACUGGAAGCAGGACCUGUCCACUCUGCAGUGUGAUGUGUGCAUCCUGGUCUUCUCAGUGACAGACAGGCGGAGUUUCCACCGCACCGCCCAGCUCCGCCUCCUCCUCAGGGAGUCCCAGCCUCACACACCAAUCAUCCUGGUGGGCAACAAGAGCGACCUCGUCCGCUCCCGGGAAAUCAGCUCAGAGGAGGCCCAGUCCAGCGCCAUGAUGUUCGACUGCCUCUUCAUGGAGCUCUCAGCCUCCCUGGACCACGGCACCAACGAGCUGUUGGAGGCCGCGGUCCGGACCGCGAGGGGCGACUGCGUGGGCCCCGGCUGGACCGACGGCGACCCCGGGGCGGGCCGCAGGGAGAGCCUGACCAGCCGGGCCAAGCGCUUCCUGGCGGGGCUGGUGCCGCGCUCCUAUGGUCGAGACCGGGACCGGGAUCGGGGCCGCUACCGGGAGAUGAGCCGCCACCGGGGCAGCAAGAUCCUCCGCCAGAAGUCCCGCUCCUGCCACGACCUCAGUGCACUGUGACACACACAUGCAGACACACAGGCAAAGAGACACACUCCCACACAUGUACACACACACACACCAGACUGAGAGAGUGAAGCGGGAGGUGCAGAAGAUGGAGAGGUGGAGGAGAGGAUGAAGUGGAGGAUAAUAGAGAGGAGCAGAUGACUAAAUGUAGAGACAAGCAAGAGGAGGAGACUCGCAUGAGUAGAACAGUUAGAAGAAUGGGAGGAGAGAAAUUUAGCAAUGGCAGAUAAAGGUCAAAGGGGGGAGAGAGAGUGAGAGGAAAAGAUUAAAUCAGGCUGAAAUCAGAAAUCAAUUUUAAAAGAGGAGGAGGCCAGGUUUGAUGGAAAAGCAGAGGAACAGGUAAGGAGGUGAGCAGUAUCAUUACCUGAUGACAGCAGGAGAGAGGGGAAGUUAGUGCUAGUGGGGAGAGUCACAUGAAGACGCUAGCUGGACAUGUGGUGAGGCGCGGGGGGGCAGGGGUCACAAACAGACACACACCCAAGUAGCACGCACUGAUUACGUAGAGACUGAUAGCAAUCUAAUGUAUUCCUAUUGUAAACCCUGUUUUAUAGCAUGCCGAGUAGACGAUCUAAGACAUGACCCUGUAGGUUUUACAGUUACUGUACAUGAUACUGGACUGGCUGCACCUCAGUCAGCCAAUAGCUAAUGCACAAUUUAGCUAGUGUCUCUAGCAAUGCCAUCUCAAAGGCAAGACCCUUUAUUUAUUAUUAAAGAAAAAAAAAGCUCCCUCUCUGCGCAUUUUUUUAAGCCACACUCUUCUCACUGCAUCCACCUUUCUGUCCCGUACUGAUUCGGAGAUGUGUUAGAUUUUUCCACCAGUGGCAUCCGUUCAUCUGUGAUUUUUAUACAAGGAUAAAAACAUCAGCGGCCAAGCCAUAUUCUUGCUGAAUGCAUCACGAGCGAUCAGCACAAAGAACCCUUUACCGUAGGACGGGGAGCGGAAAGAGACAAAGGUCAGAAGGAAUAAGACGCUGGCAGAGACGACCAGGCUGAACUGUUCUUCAGCGGAAGCUGAGUCACGGAGCGCUGGGAUGAAGCAAAGGAGGACAAACGAGAGAAAACCUAAUCUACCUGUGGCUGUUUGAUGUUUUCAUUUCCCUCUUUUUACCUGCUGGCAUUAUUAUGUGUGUUGAGACUGAAUUCUGUGGGGGCUGGCCACACAGGUGACCCAAGGGAGAACGUUCUGGAAACGUUGUUCGGAUAUCUCGUCAGGCGUGGCGGCGUCACUGACACGCGCUCACUCGUUUGUCACCGUCUACUAAGCACUCUCGUCUUUCCACUGAGAAUAAAUGAUUUUUUUGUUUGACAUCCUGAA